UAUUUUGGACUGGGCCAUUUCGAUAUUUUCGGCAGGCCAGCCCUAAGUCCCGCCACUUUAUCACUUUGGGUGACCCUUUUUCUUCUUUGGUGGUUCAACGUACGGUUGCCCCUCCAUCAAGAAAAAGGUGUAUGAACAUGGAAAAACUUCUCUACACAAGAUAACCCGAUCGAACAAGAGACUGAUUACCAAUCCUAUGAAAAGCUAGGAUUUUUUAUUUGGUUGGUUCUUGUUCUCUCUGCUUCAGCUGCCACUCCUGCGUUUUGUGACCUAUUCAAGGACUUUUUGUGUGCUCAGUGAAAGCUAGCCGAUUUCUCAAACCAUGGUUAAUACAGUGCAAAUUCGCACCACGAAAUUCAUGACAAAUAGGAUUCUCUCAAGAAAGCAAUUCGUUCUUCAUCUUCUUCAUCCUGGAAGACCCAAUAUCUCUAAGGCUGAACUGAAGGAGCAGUUGUCGAGAAUGUAUGAGGGGACGAACCCAAAUGUAAUCUUUGUUUUCGGGUUCCGUACUAAAUUUGGUGGUGGAAAAUCUACUGGGUUUGGAUUGAUAUACGAUUCCAUCGAGCAUGCAAAGAGGUACGAGCCAAAGCAUAGGCUAAACAGGAAUGGACUUGCUCCUAAGAUAGAAAAGCCAAGAAAGCAGCUGAAGGAAAGGAAAAACAGUGCCAAGAAAAUCCGUGGAGUAAAGAAGACAAAGGCUUCAGAUGCUGCCAAGGGUGGCAAGAAGAAAUAGAGGGAGAGAGAGAGAGAGAGAGAGAGAGAGAGAGAGAGAGAGAGAGAUUACAGAAUUUGGUGCUUAUGUUGAAGCCCAUAUAUAUGGAGCAAUGGACUUCUUUUAAUAGUCUAGUUUUCUCAUUAGGUACUUCAAAAAUGAAAUAUUUUGUAUAUUUUGUUGCCAGUUGGAUGUUGGUGUUAUCGUAUGUCUAGAGAGUAGAGAUUGAGUAUUUUGAAGCGGACAAUUUGAAAUAUUUAAUAGCAAGAGUUUCUAAACAUUUUCAUU